GUGAAGCUGAUGAAGUACAUCUGUAAGCAGCUGCAGUGUAAGCAGAAAGUGCCGAAGACAGAGAGGCCUCAGGCCUUGGACAGCUACCCACGGCUGGGGGACUGGCUGCGCACCGUCAACCUGAGACCUGAGCUCAUUGAGGUAGGUCCUAGAAGUGUUUGUGUGUGCGCGCGCGCCACUGUCUCUCUGCAUGUUGGUGUAAAUGUAAGUAUGUGUACUGGUCUUCUUUUUGUAAUGUCCCAGACUCUGAUAAACCAAUUCCUUUCUUGUCAUAGAGCACUUAUGUUUAGGAGGUCUGAUCAGUUCUAGCAGUAUCUUGCCAUAAAAUGUGCUGGUUGAAUGCUGUAUGGGGAAUUACAUGCCUACAUUUGACUCUUCAUUUGACUCUUCGUUUGUAAGGAUAGCAAAUGUAGAGUAUAGCCAUCCAACUCUUAUGGGUUUGCAGCCUCAUGGAUCUUAAAUCAUGCAAUUUAGUGUCCUAAGAAAUUAUACUGUUGGAACCAAGAGCAAUUUAAAAUGGCAGAUGAUGCAUUUUUUGUCUCCGUUUCGAAGCCACAAACCAAGAAUGUUUAACAAAGCUUAUAUUUCAGAGAACAGGCUGCUACUGUGUGAAUGACUCACCAUUUUACAGUCCUAUACAACAGUCUGAAAUCCACUGCAGGGGCCCAUACAGAGAGGCUAGACCACUGUUGGCUGCUGCUCCAGCCAGGAAUUACUGUGUCUGCAUGUCCUCAGCUCUCAUAAGGUCCCUCAGGCAUGUGCUGUCCCAGCCAGCCAGGCUGGAUACUAGCUACUAGCUAGGCUAGGCUGUAGCCGAGCUAUGGCCAGGCCUGGAGAGGGCAGGUCAGGGGAGAGUGGUGCUCUGUUAUCUACUUACUAGUGUUGUUUUGGCUGAGAGGCUCCCGUCACAUUCCACACACUCUGGAUGGACCCCAGAUACGGCACCACCCCUAAUCCAUCGCUCUCGUGCUCUCAUUCCCGCCCCCCAUCAUUGCUCUAUUUUUACUCAUAGGCCAGUGAGUGAUCUGUCUGUGCCCUGUGAACAGACAGCAAGCAGGAUAGGAUAUAAAGACAGCCUACAAAGUACCAGGGAUGCCAGCAGACUUUUGUGCAUAGAGCGCUUUAUCCUCUCCCGUCUAACAAUUUGAAAUAACUCUAGCAUGGCAACAGAUUGAUCACUAAUAGGACUGCUACAGUACAACUCCCAUCAGUCAGUCAGCCAGUCAGUCCAGCAAUGCUGCUGCAUCCUAGGUGCUGUGACCCACUUCAGUGACAGUGUGAACUGUGACGGCACAACUGGCCUUGAAUCCUCCAGUGCUGCCUGCCUGCCUGCAUGCUCACAUGGUUGGGGGUGUACUCAGCCAACAGACUAGUGGAAGGCCCCCAACAUUUUGAGAUACCCCUACCCGAGGUAUAACAAAACACAACCAUGUUUUUCCAUAUCUCUAAGGUCUCCCAUAUAUGAAAUGGAUGGUUGUAUAAAAAUAUUUUACUGCAAAAGUGUGUGUGAAGUUUGGAAUACAAAACUACAUUUUUUGCAGCUGUUCAAUAGACAACUUUCCUAGUCAAAUUUGCUCUCAUUCAGUGCUGUAUGGUCCUGCCUGACAGAAAUACAUACAGUAACAUGUGUUUUGAUGGCAAUUGUAAUAGUCUCUAGGGAAAACAAGUUGGCUCAGACAUCGAAAUGACUUUUUUGGGGGGUCCAAGGUUCCUUAAAGGAUUUUGUAUCUUUAGCCCCUAGUCUUGGAAUGAAGUCAAAGGGGCAAUCACAGAUUGUCUUUAUAUUUAGCCUGAAAUCCAAAUUCAAAUAUGGCUGCCAUAAUAACAUUUGAUGGAGGUAAAAUCACCUGUAAAAUAUGAAUUUUGUAAAUAAGAGGCAUUUUUUUCAGAAUUGUGUAGAACACUCAUGCCUAUAAAGACUGUUGGUGUGAAUCAAUUUAAUUCUGAAUUCAAUAUGGCCAACAUGAUUACACUCAAACACAUUAACCUGUAUAUAAGUAGCACUUGUUCAUUUCGAUUGUUUUAUUCUGUCUUUAAAAUGGUUUCAUAAGGCUUUUGAUAUACAGUGGGGGAAAAAAGUAUUUAGUCAGCCACCAAUUGUGCAAGUUCUCCCACUUAAAAAGAUGAGAGAGGCCUGUAAUUUUCAUCAUAGGUACACGUCAACUAUGACAGACAAAAUGAGAAAAAAAAAUCCAGUAAAUCACAUUGUAGGAUCUUUAAUGAAUUUAUUUGCAAAUUAUGGUGGAAAAUAAGUAUUUGGUCACCUACAAACAAGCAAGAUUUCUGGCUCUCACAGACCUGUAACUUCUUCUUUAAGAGGCUCCUCUGUCCUAUACUCGUUAACUGUAUUAAUGGCACCUGUUUGAACUUGUUAUCAGUAUAAAAGACACCUGUCCACAACCUCAAACAGUCACACUCCAAACUCCACUAUGGCCAAGACCAAAGAGCUGUCAAAGGACACCAGAAACAAAAUUGUAGACCUGCACCAGGCUGGGAAGACUGAAUCUGCAAUAGGUAAGCAGCUUGGUUUGAAGAAAUCAACUGUGGGAGCAAUUAUUAGGAAAUGGAAGACAUACAAGACCACUGAUAAUCUCCCUCGAUCUGGGGCUCCACGCAAGAUCUCACCCCGUGGGGUCAAAAUGAUCACAAGAACGGUGAGCAAAAAUCCCAGAACCACACGGGGGGACCUAGUGAAUGACCUGCAGAGAGCUGGGACCAAAGUAACAAAGCCUACCAUCAGUAACACACUACGCCGCCAGGGACUCAAAUCCUGCAGUGCCAGACGUGUCCCCCUGCUUAAGCCAGUACAUGUCCAGGCCCGUCUGAAGUUUGCUAGAGUGCAUUUGGAUGAUCCAGAAGAGGAUUGGGAGAAUGUCAUAUGGUCAGAUGAAACCAAAAUAGAACUUUUUGGUAAAAACUCAACUCGUCGUGUUUGGAGGACAAAGAAUGCUGAGUUGCAUCCAAAGAACACCAUACCUACUGUGAAGCAUGGGGGUGGAAACAUCAUGCUUUGGGGCUGUUUUUCUGCAAAGGGACCAGGACGACUGAUCCGUGUAAAGGAAAGAAUGAAUGGGGCCAUGUAUCGUGAGAUUUUGAGUGAAAACCUCCUUCCAUCAGCAAGGGCAUUGAAGAUGAAACGUGGCUGGGUCUUUCAGCAUGACAAUGAUCCCAAACACACCGCCCGGGCAACGAAGGAGUGGCUUCGUAAGAAGCAUUUCAAGGUCCUGGAGUGGCCUAGCCAGUCUCCAGAUCACAACCCCAUAGAAAAUCUUUGGAGGGAGUUGAAAGUCUGUGUUGCCCAGCGACAGCCCCAAAACAUCACUGCUCUAGAGGAGAUCUGCAUGGAGGAAUGGGCCAAAAUACCAGCAACAGUGUGUGAAAACUUUGUGAAGACUUACAGAAAAUGUUUGACCUGUGUCAUUGCCAACAAAGGGUAUAUAACAAAGUAUUGAGAAACUUUUGUUAUUGACCAAAUACUUAUUUUCCACCAUAAUUUGCAAAUAAAUUCAUAAAAAAUCCUACAAUGUGAUUUUCUGGAUUUUUUUUCUCCUCAUUUUGUCUGUCAUAGUUGACGUGUACCUAUGAUGAAAAUUACAGGCCUCUCUCAUCUUUUUAAGUGGGAGAACUUGCACAAUUGGUGGCUGACUAAAUACUUUUUCCCCCACUGUAUCUAGGACAAUGAGUGGCACUGCCAUGCCUCUUUUGUGUUUGAAUAGCCGAAGCCAACUAGUUUUCCAAUGUGUGUUCAUGUUUUAAUCUCAUUCACACAUUUACAGCAUAUCAACAAUGGGCAAAUCCACAAAAUAUAAUAACAAGCCUUUCAUGACACAAGGACACAGUAGCAUAACCAUAACCAGCAUUAAUUUACAGGAAAACAACCGUAAUACAACAAUCAGCUACUCUUGUAGUGUAUAUGUACAGCCCUCUUUUCCCCACUAAAACUAAGUGUGGAAGGUUGAUUCAAAGUCUUUGAGGUGACUAGGACAUGAGUUUGUCCUUAACAGGGUGAGGAGACAAAGUAGCCAGUGGUGGUUGUAGUUCUGGAGACUGACCAGCUUGCACAGCUAACUGGUCAUUCUGGGCAAGCUGCAGCGAAUGACCAGUGGCACAGUGGUCUAAGGCACUGCAUCGCAGUGCUAGCUGUGCCACUAGAGAUCCUGGUUCGAAUCCAGGCUCUGUCGUAGCCGGCCGCGACUGGGAGACCCAUGGGGCGGCGCACAAUUGGCCCAGCGUUGUCCAGGGUAGGGGAGGGAAUGGCCGGCAGGGAUGUAGCUCAGUUGGUAGAGCAUGGCGUUUGCAAUGCCAGGGUUGUGGGUUCGAUUCCCACGGGGAAGUAUGAAAAAAAUUAAUAAUGUAUGCACUCACUAACUGUAAGUCGCUCUGGAUAAGAGCGUCUGCUAAAUGGCUAAAAUGUAAAAUGUAUCCUUUGUGUAUGCCUGGCGGGGUAUUGGGGCUGUGCGGUGAUCAGUUUCCAUUUCUACAGUUCGCUAUAGGCAGUCAGCAGAUGCAGCUUGCAUACCAAAGAGACCCAUUGACUUACUGGAAUGUUAUCCCAGCCUGAAUGAUGCUGGGGAUACUCCAGUAGUGGAAUGUACUUCUCUCCAGGAAAAACAUCAGGGACAGACAUAUAUUCUGCAAAAGGUACAGGGAUUGGACUGCUGAGGACUGGGGUAAAGUCAUUUUCUCUGAUGAAUCCCCUUUCCGAUUGUUUGGGGCAUCCGGAAAAAAGCUUGUCCGGAGAAGACAAGGUGUCAUGCCUGUGUAAAGCAUCCUGAGACCUUUCAUGUGUGGGGUUGCUUCUCAGCCAAGGGAGUGGGCUCACUCACAAUUUUGCCUAAGAACACAGCCAUGAAUAAAGAAUGGUACCAACGCAUCCUCCGAGAGCAACUUCUCCCAACCAUCCAAGAACAGUUUGGUGAUUACCAAUGCCUUUUCCAGCAUGAUAGAGCACCUUGCCAUAAGGCAAAAGUGAUAACUAAGUGGCUCGGGGAACACAACAUCGACAUUUUGGGUCCAUGGCCAGGAAACUCCCCAGACCUUAAUCCCAUUGAGAAUUUGUGGUCAAUCCUCAAGAGGCGGGUGGACAAACAAAACCCCACAAAUUCUGACUAACUCCAAGCAUUGAUUAUGCAAGAAUGGGCUGCCAUCAGUCAGGAUGUGGCCCAGAAUUUAAUUGACAGCAUGCCAGGGCGGAUUGCAGAGGUCUUGAAAAAGAAGGGUCAACACUGCAAAUAUUGACUCUUUGCAUAAACUUAAUGUAAUUGUCAAUAAAAGCCUUUGACACUUAUGGAAUGCUUGUAAUUAUACUUCAGUAUACCAAAGUAACAUCUGACAAAAAUAUCUAAAAACACUGAAGCAGCAAACUUUGUGAAGACCAAUACUUGUCAUUCUCAAAACUUUUGACCACGACUGUAGGACCUGCCUUGUUGAUAGUGUUGUUAAGAAGGCAGAGCAGCGCUUAAUUAUGGACAUUCUUCUCCCCAUCUUAGCUGCUGUUGUAUCAAUAUGCUUUGACCAUGACAGUCUACAAUCCAGGGUUACUCCAAGCAGUUUAGUGUCCUCAACUUGCUCAAUUUCCACAUUAUUCAUUACGAGAUGUAGUUGAGUUUUAGGGUUUAGUGAAUGAUUUGACCCAAAUACAAUGCUUUUAGUUUUGGAAAUAUUCAGGACUAACUUAUUCCUUGCCACCCAUUCCGAAACUAACUGCAACUCUUUGUUAAGUGUUGCAGUUAUUUCAGUUGCUGUAGUAGCUGACGUGUAUAGUGUUGAGUCAUCCGCAUACAUAGACACACUGGCUUUACUCAAAGCAUGUCGUUAGUAAAGAUGGAAAAAAGCAAGGGGCCUAGACAGCUGCCCUGGGGAUUAUGUUUGAGAGGCUUCCAUUAAAGAAAACCCUCUGUGUUCUGUUAGACAAGUAACUCUUUAUCCACAUUAUAGCAGGGGGUGUAAAGCCAUAACAAGUUUUUCCAGCAGCAGACUGAUCGAUAAUGUCAAAAGCCGCACUGAAGUCUAACAAAACAGUUGGUUGUCUGGUUGUGAAGGAAAGUCUGUGAAAGGGCUGUCACCGACAGAUUUGCCUUUAGGUCUUUACAAUGCCUAAUUGGCCUGUGGGUGGAGUUUUUAUGUUGAAUGUGGCAAAACGUUCUGCAGGUCACGUCCUACAUAUUUCUUUCUGUUCCUUUGGAAGUCAGGUAGAAAGAUAAUUUGGCCGUGGGUGGUUGGCAUUGAUUACGGACUGGGGCAGGCCCAGCAGGAGAUGUGGAGAGUGACAAACCGGUGAGGGUAACCUCAGGUUACUUAGAUGUUAGUUAGUGUAGCUAGGUCAUAGACUAUGACUAAGAAGCGUUGGUUGUGAGGGACAUAGCACAGCUCUACACAUACACUGCCGUUCAAAAGUUUGGGGUCACUUAGAAAUGUAUUUGUUUUCGAAAGAAAAGCAAUUUUUUGUCCAUUUAAAAUAACAUCAAAUUGAUCCGAAAUACAGUGUAGACAUUGUUAAUGUUGUAAAUGGCUAUUGUAGCUGGAAACGGCUGAUUUGUAAUGGAAUAUCUACAUAGGCGUAGAGGCCCAUUUUAUCAGCAACCAUCAGUCCUGUGUUCCAAUGGCACGUUGUGUUUUCUCAUCCAAGUUUAUCAUUUUAAAAGGCUAAUUGAUCAUUAGAAAACCAUUUUGCAAUUAUGUUAGCACAGCUGAAAACUGUUGUGCUGAUUAAAGAAGCAAUAAAACUGGCCUUCUUGAGACUAGUUGAGUAUCUGGAGCAUCAGCAAUUCUGGGUUCGAUUACAGGCUCAAAAUGGCCAGAAGCAAAGAACUUUCUUCUGAAACUCGUCAGUCUAUUCUUGUUCUGAGAAAUGAAGGCUAUUCCAUGCGAGAAAUUGCCAAGAAACUGAAGAUCUCGUACAACGCUGUGUACUACUCCCUUCACAGAACAGCGCAAACUGGCUUUAACCAGAAUAGAAAGAGGAGUGGGAGGCCCCGGUGCACAACUGAGCAAGAGGACAAAUACAUUAGAGUGUCUAGUUUGAGAAACAGACGCCUCACAGGUCCUCAACUGGCAGCUUCAUUAAAUAGUACCCACAAAACACCAGUCUCAACGUCAACAGUGAAGAGGCGACUCCGGAAUGCUGACCUUCUAGGCAGAGUUGUAAAGAAAAAGCCAUAUCUCAGACUGCCCAUCUUAAUCUUUUAUUUUGAUUGGCCAGUCUGAGAUAUGGCUUUUUCUUUGCAACCCAAUGUGCAUCACAAAUGCAGUGAGCCGAAUAUAUUGAUAAAAGUCACCUUGUGCGAGAGAGAGAUACAUGGUUAUCAAAACGUAAUGCCAGGGUAAGCCUACACGAAACACAGCCCUUUAUUUGAAGUGUUUCUAGAAUUUCCCAUGGGAAAAAUGAAUGGUGUAAAAACAAUUGGAACAAUUUCCCUGUUAGACCGCUAGGUUUUAUGAGUAUUAUGACACCUCCACUGUGGGGCUCUAUAGAGCACUGAAUGAGAGCAAAUUUGACUUGAAAAGUUAUCUAUUGAACAGCUACCAAAAAGUUACGUUUACAUUCGUCAUAAAUAUGAACAGUUGAUAUUUCCAACUAUUGUAUCUGUGUUUACAGGUCUAUAUUUCUAAAAUGCUUUAAGAUAUCCUAAUGCUGUUUGUUUGUGUAUGUUGGGCAGACAUUUGACUACUUGUAUUCCAAAUUUGAGCAAUAUCAGAGCUUGCAAUAUUUUGUUAUAUGCUGCCCCCCCCCAGGUAGGAGUAUCUAAAAAACAAAAGCCCUUUUUUAGGAUUGUCCACUAGCCUAACAAGCAAGGCUUACAUAAUGUUACAUAACAAGCCAAUCUGUGGAUAUCAAGUUGGGAGUCUCUUGCAGGUCUGUGUGUAUCGUAUGGGUUUAAUUGCAAGGAGUGCAAAAAGCCUAAUUGUGACAGCGCUCCUGGAAGCAUUUCAACUGGGUGAGCCUGCUUCUACACGUUGAAUGUAACCGGGAACGAACAUAUCAGAGAAACUGAAAAUGGGUUUUGUUACAUAGAAAAUGAGUAUGUUCUUGCCUUAGAUACAGUAUUUCCAGAAAUAUCUCAGUUUCUUGAGGUUGGUGAGACAAUCGUUUUUAGCUCUGUAAGGUUACAGGGUUCAUUCCCAUCCACACAAUGUGCUUCAGGCCAGCAGGGGCUGAAAAAGGUGUUCAUCUCCUCCUGGCUCUGGGAUCACACCUGUGUUGAACUCUGUGAAUGAGGGUUAGACCUGGCCAGCGAGUCACAGACCCUGGGGUAGCCAGGCUGACAUCAGCACUUUAUGGUGAGUAGGCAGACUGUAGCCCCCUGUAGUCAUACCCACAUACUUACCCCCACCCAGCCAGGUCCUCAGUAUCACCUCUUCUCUCUGUGUGUCUGGCUACCUCACAGACUGACUGAGCUGUGUGCUUGGACCUGCACUGGAGGAGGGAGGGAGGGGGUGGGAGGGAGGUGCAGGGAAGGACGAGCCAAUGGCUUGGCUAAGAGGGAGGGAGGGAGGGAUGGAUAGUGGGGUUAUUUGUCGUGUGUGACGAGGGUUGUGGAAGUAGUGGAUUCCUCUCACUGGAAUGAGUAGAGCUCUUCAUCUACAGUGUGUUGAAAAUCUUCCAUAUGGUAUGUAAAGAAAGCUAUAGCCGAAUCAUUCAGUAAGUAUAUAUUUAAAACCAAACAUGUAACAUCCGGUUGUAAUUUUUUCUGGAGGCAGGAUGUUUUUAACUAAAAUGGUACAGAAACAAUAUGGUUUUCCUGCUAUUAAGAUGUUCAUGCCAUCUUCAAGCGUCCAAUUUUCAGCUGUGUGCCGCUGUUUUUUGCUCAUUGGACAUUGUCAUUUUACACAGCUGUAUGCGUUAGGGUUUUGACGAGCAUGUCUAAUCCCAAGACUGUGUUGGGCAGCCUGCAGAGUAUUGGGUUUGUUUGUUUGUUUAGAGGAAGGUUUCCUGAUGGUUUGUGCCAGUGGUGAUCUAGCCUGAAGCACUAGACCCGGCUGUUUUUAAGCUAAUCUCUUCUCAUUGUCAUGUCUCCUGGUUGCACCUGACUGUGUUGGUUGUGUUUGUGCACAUACUUACAGUUUUCCUGAGGACAUAGUUAUUGGGUACAGCUCACCUUUGAGACAUAGGGUGGGUCGGGGAGUCAGGAGUGGCUAGUAAAAUAGGCUGUAAUAUAGAGGGUAGUCAACCCAUAGGAUGAGGGGACAAAGGUAUGUCUGAAGUGCGGGCGUAACAACUCAUGUUGUUAGACAGCGUACUGUAUCUCCAGGUACACACUUUUAUAAUGGCAAACUUCAAGAAGGUGACUGAAAGUCCUAAAACAAUACAGGCUACAACUCGCAGGCUUGCGAAUAAUUUCAAUUCCAAAACUAUUGCCACAGUAGUUAUGUUCAGUUGACCAUGGAAUAAAUUACCUCACCAUUUUGCAUUAAUUUCUCAUUUGUGAGGUGGAUUUGAGUGCACACAAUUAGACUGUGUUGUGAUGCACAGAGAAACUACUGGGAAGGGAUGGUGUGUACUGUUUGCGACAAACACAGUCACGCUGCUGUGCCACCACCUACAAAUGGAAUCAAAUCACUCUGUCUAUUUCUAGCCAGAUGUUUGAGCGUUUGUUCAAAGACCCUCAUUGUUCAGAGUUUCUGUGUUCUCCUCUAGGUGGAAGGCUCCACGGGGCUUUGGCCAAUCAGUCAGUCUGGAACCCUCAAUUACAGGCUCAAAAUGGCCAGAAACAAAUAACUUUCUUCUGAAACUCGUCAGUCUAUUCUUGUUCUGAGAAAUGAAGGCUAUUCCAUGAGAGAAAUUGCCAAGAAACUGAAGAUCUCGUACAACGCUGUGUACUACUCCCUUCACAGAACAGUGCAAACUGGCUCUAACCAGAAUAGAAAGAGGAGUGGGAGGCCCCGGUGCACAACUGAGCAAGAGGACAAAUACAUUAGUGUCUAGUUUGAGAAACAGGCGCCUCACAGGUCCUCAACUGGCAGCUUCAUUAAAUAGUACCCGCAAAACACCAGUCUCAACGUCAACAGUGAAGAGGCGACUCCGGAAUGCUGACCUUCUAGGCAGAGUUGCAAAGAAAAAGCCAUAUCCCAGAUUGCCCAUCUUAAUAUUUUCUUUUUAUUGGCCAGUCUGAGAUAUGGCUUUUUCUUUGCAACCCAAUGUGCAUCACAAAUGCAGUGAGCCGACUAUAUUGAUAAAAGUCACCUUGUCAGUCUGUACUCACUGGUCUCUGCUCCUGGUCUGGCCUGUGGAUAUAUCUGGAGAUAGAUGUCUGUCUGGCUGCCUGCCUUAGGUUGAUGAGAAUGAACAAUGGUCACCUUUUGUGUCUAUUAUAGAGUUGGAUACUAGGAUACUAGUGUAAGAUGUAUACGUCUGUAUGUUGCUCUAUCACAUGUUGUACUGUAUGGAGAGGUCCGACUGGAUAGUGUGUGGUGGUACUGGUCACUCACCUCCUCCUGACCUUGUCUCUCUCUGCUCCUCUCGCCAGGCGGUGCCGGUGAAGCUGUCCUUGGAUGCCUUGCUGCAGAUGCCAGGUUCUCACGUGCGGGAGACCAUGAGGAGACUGGGCUCCAGUUUAGAGGAGUGUGCCAGGCUCAGCGCUGCCCUCUCCUGCCUGAAGAGUGCCACUGAAUCAGGUGGGUGUCUGUCUGGCUGGCUGGCUGUUUCUGUCUGUCUGUCCCUUGGAGAGUCUGCCUGAUCUGACUUGUCAGUGUGGGGUCUCUGUGGGGUUUUACUGACUGUUAGUCUCAGCGCCAGGCUGGUUCUGCUCUAUUAUCCCCGCCAGCAGCAACAGGCCGCCACCCAGGGUAAGGUUCUGUUGUAGGACAGAAGACACUAGGUUGAGGGGUGGAAGACUGAGGGUGCUAGUAUGACUAACCGGCUCUAACAGGUCUGGAACCCUUUUCUGUGUCUCCCCUACAGAUGGAGAGUUAAGAGAGGAUGGGGGGCCAUGGUUCUCUGAGCCCACCCGGCGAGACAGUGGCUCUCUGCUGCUGCCUCCCGAACAGCUGUUGGGAGGGAUGGGGGGUCCGAUGCGCCCCCACAGCCCCUCUUCCCUAGCUCGGCCCCCCACCACCCCAUCCACUCCCUCCACCCCCUGCACUGCCUGUGCCCAUCCCCGGUCCUUCUCCGUGUCUACAAUGCCCAGUCCCGAGUCCCACGGGGCUGACAGCCCUCUCACAGACCCCUUCCCCCUCUCCACCACCCGACAGGGGCUACUCCAUGGCCACACCUCCACCCCGCCCCUCACCCCGCCCUCCAAGAGACGCCACAGGCUGAAGCCCCCCUGCACCCCGCCACCCCCCUCCCGCAAGGUGCUGCACCUUCUGCCCAACAUCACCCUGACCCGCAGCAAGAGCCAUGAGUCCCAGCUGGGGAACCGCAUCGAGGAGCCGCCAACCAACAAGUAGGUCACUUCCUGUUCCCGUGCCCUAGGCUUUGUAUGUGUGACUUCCAGUCCUUUAUGACCUAGAGUAAAGUGUUAUACAGUGUGGUUGGAGGCACAGAAUUUCAACUUAUCUAGUCCAAUUCACAGUAAUUAUAGUGGGCCCCUUGAUGAGAGAUUUCUGAAAGGUUAUUUUAAUUGGCAACAUAUGUGUGAGGUCAUCAUGACCAGUGUCUGGGCAGUUUUCCACGCUGCUCAAAAUCUUGGAACAGGGUUGAAUAUAGGACACGCCUCCACCCUAUUAUGACAUUACAACUGGACGUGUAAGGGCAGGGCUUAUCACACACACUUGUACUCUCACACACACACACACACACAAACCACAUCCUGCCUGCUGCUGCCUUAAUGUGUAUAUGGCCGGAGCUAAUCCCCACAGAUUCCCAGAGAUAAUGAGUAAUGUCAAAACAGGAAGCUUUUCUAAGGCCUGAUUCUCAAAGCAGGGCAAGACACACACAUACAGUUUAUUAGGUAAACCACCCCGUUCACGAAAACGUGGCCGUGGCUUGCUAUAUAAAGCAGGCAGACAGGCAUCAAGGCAUUCAGUUACUGUUCAAUUGAACGUUAGAAUGGGCAAAACGAGUGACCUAAGUGACUUUGAGCGUGGUAUGAUCGUCGAUGCCAGGUGCGCCGGAUCCAGUAUCUCAGAAACGGCCGCCCUCCUGGGCUUUUCAUGCAUGACAGUGCGGAAAAAAUAAAUAAUAAUCCAGUCAGUGGCAGUCCUGUGGGCGUAAUAGCUCGUUGAUGAGUGAGGUCGAAGGAGAAUGGCAAGAAUCGUGCAACCUAACAGGUGGGCAACAAACAGACAAAUUAUGACACAGUACAACAGUGGUGUGCAGAACGGCAUCUCGGAACGGCCAACUUGCCGAUCCUUAUCACGUAUGGGCUAUUGCAGCAGACGACCACACCGGGUUCUACUCCUAUCAGCUAAAAACAAGAAGAAGUGGCUCCAGUUGGCACGCGAUAACCAACACUGGACAAUUGAGGAGUGGAAAAACAUCGCCUGGAACAUGACAUCGAGUUCAGUUUACUUGAGUGGCCUGCACGGUCCCCAGACCUAAUAGAGCAUCUUUGGGAUGAGAUGGAACGGGCUGUUCGUGGGCAUGAAUGUACCGCCGUCCAAUCUGCACAACUGUGUGAUGGCAUCGUGUCAAAACCCUGUGGAACAUUUCCGACACCUUGUAGAAUGCCCCGAAGAAUUCAGGCUGUUCUGGAGGCAAAGGGGGUGUCCAACCCGGUACUAGAUGGGUGUACCUAAUAAACACACAUACUAACGCAUAUCAGUAAUAUCCUGUUUAUUUGUAGUGAUGUUACAUUAGUGAUGGAAAGCUCAGCCAUAAUGAAACCUGACUAGACAGAAGUAUUUAAACAGGACUGAUACUACAGCUUAACGAUACAUGCAUUAUGUACAUGUAUAUAGAAGUAUACCCUAUGACCCCAGACCUAGCCUGUGAGGACACUGAUGAGUGUGAGCGGGGGCACAGGCAGAGCCCUGAGAGAGCAGGCAGGCAGGCAGGCAGUGGGGCUGUGUGCUGCUGGAUCAGCAUUCCUGACCAAUGCCAGGAAGAGGAUGCUAAGCCCUUUGGCCUGUGCUCUGCUCUGCUCUCCUCUCCAGUGGUGGAGGGUGUGGCUCAGUCUUCCCUGUGCCUGCUUUUUUUAAAUUUAAUUUCAUUGUCCUCCAAGUGGCGGCAGGUAGCCUAGUGGUUAGAGCAUUGGGCCAGUAACUGAAAGGUUGCUGGUUUGAAUCCUGAGUCGACAAGGUGAAAAAUGUGGCUGUGUCCUUGAGCAAGGCACUUAACUCAAAGUCACUCUGGAUAAGAGCGUCUGCUAAAUUACUAAAAUGUAUGUGUUGCUGAAUCUCCUCUCUGCCAAGGCAUGAUACUGCCUCCCUCUCUGCCUCACUUCUCUGACACUUACAUAACAUGGUUCAUACAGUAUGGCCAUUCAAAAAUUAUCUCUGGUGAAAGAUUAUCUGUAUGGAGGUCUGUUUUGGAUUGUCAUUGAGUAAUCCAGUGAUGAGGGUGUGAGGGCAGCAGUGGGCCACUGUACUGACGUCACAGCGUUCUGUGUUCCCCUCAGGUGUGCAAAGAAGAAUAAGUUGUUCCUCAACGUUCAGAUCAAUGGGAAUGGCUGUGAGGUCUCGCUCUCCCGCUCCCCCCACCGGUCUGCCCGCACCCCCGGGGCUUCCACCCCUGCCCCCGCCACCGCUCCCUACACCCUACCUGGCACCCCUACUCUGAUGGAGGAGCAUUCAUUCCACCUCAAGAGUGAGUACACAUACAUUUUGACUUACCCCGCUAUAUGUAAGGAAUCUUCACUGAAAUAGAUUGGUAAAUGCAUGGUGAAUUACGGUACUCAGAUGGAAUGGACCGUUUGUGUAUGUGUGCUCUUUUUAAAGAGCCAAAUGUAUUUCCCAGUAGCUGGCUGUAGGGCCACAGUUGCCAUCCCAGUCUGGCUCAGAGUGUUUCAGUCUGUUCCAUCUGAGGGCUGUGAUGUGGGGGGAGGGAGCGUUUUCUGACCUCAUCGCUUCUAGAGAAAUGACAUUACUCUUCCAAUUCAUUCGACAGCAUAGAGCAAAAUCUAACACUCCCACAAAGUCGUGUGAGUGAGUGUGUAUCACCUACCAAACCAACGUUAUUAGGUCUCACUCAAAUUGGUUCUAACUUGUAAAAUAAACAGUAAAUGUUUGUUUUUUUGGUUUGGCACAUAGUGUAUGUGUCCAUAAUGAUUCAUGUGUAGGAGAGUCACCUACCGAACCAACGUCAUUAGGUCUCAUGCAAAUUCGUUUUAACUUGUAAAAUGAACAGUAAAUGUUGUCAUUGUUUUGGCACAUAGUGUGGCAAGUUGUAAGCAACCGCAACACUAGGGUUGCAAAAUUCUGAGAAUUUCCUGGAGUCUUCCAACUGGGAUUUUUGGGAAAGGUAACAAUAUUUUGCAAUUCCCUAAGCACCAGUGAUUUCAUUUUGAUAGUAGCCACUAAACUUCAUAAAUAAAUUGCCAUAUUUGUGCUAAUACUUAAUGUUUAGACAAAUCCUCCUCUGUCUAUAUUUGUUUGACUACUAGUGUUUGACAUCUCUCCUCUCUCUCUCUCUCCCCCCCCAGAUAACAUGGGGUUGCACCGUGGCUCUCCACAGACAGUGAGGAGAGACAUAGGCCUGGCCGUCACUCACAGGUUGGUGACUACCUCAUGUCAUACACCUUUAGGUCAGAGACUACCAUGAUACAAAUGUAAAAUAUACUUUCAAGCCACAGUAGAAAUGGCAAAAAACGAUUGAUGGUUUAUGUAAUUGACGAUUCUGUGUGAAGGUUUUCCACCAAGUCGUGGCUGUCUCAGACGUGUCAGGUGUGUCAGAAGAACAUGAUGUUUGGGGUGAAGUGUAAACACUGCAGGUGAGUGGAGUAGAGAGAGAAGGAGAGGGAGGGGGGCUCUCUGAGAUGUUCUGGUGUUGGGUUGAGUGUCUGUACAAUGCAAAAAAAAUACAACUUCAUCUUCUUUUGGUGAUCAAUUGUUCUCUGAUUGGUUGUUUCAUGUCUGCAGGUUAAAGUGCCAUAACAAGUGUACUAAAGAAGCUCCCUCCUGCAGAAUCUCUUUUCUGCCAAGUAAGCCCUUUCUUGCUUCUCAUUUUCAUCCAUGGAUUCAUGGUUUACCGAUUUGAUUCAACAAGUGUUAGUUUAAUGGUCCCAAUCUCUUCUUUCCAGUCACCAAAAUCCGGAGGACUGAGUCUGUGCCAUCUGACAUCAACAACCCUGUGGAUCGGCCAUUAGAGGCACCACAGUUUGGCACACUACCAAAGGCCAUCACCAAAAAGGUAGAGACACCGUCUUAGAUAUUACAUCACAGCUUUGAUGAUAAUGAUAUGCAUGGUGCUGUUAGGACAGACAAGUGUGUUAUUGACUCUGAUCAGUGUGUAUUUCUUCUUCUUCUCCUUCUCCCAGGAUCACCCCCCUGCGCUGAACCAGUUGGACUCCAGCAGUAACCCGUCCUCCACCACCUCCUCCACACCAUCCUCCCCUGUCCCUUUCCAGAACCCUCCCAGUGCCACCCCGCCCCCCAACUCCUCGCCCAAGGUCCACCGGGACAACCGCUUCCACUUCCCAGGUAGGUCCCUGACCGUCACUCACACACCUAUACAAAUACAUAAACACACACAAUCACCUGGAGUCUCUCCCUUUCUCUCUCUAUCGCACUCUCUCACAUGCAAAAACACACAUGAAUAUACACACAUGGAUAUACAGUUGAAGUCGGAAGUUUACAUACACCUUAGCCAAAUACAUUUAAACUCAAUUUUUCACAAUUCCUGACAUUUAAUCCUAGUAAAAAUUCCCUGUUUUAGGUCAGUUAGGAUCACCACUUUAUUUUAAGAAUGUGAAAUGUCAGAAUAAUAGUAGAGAGAAUUAUUUAUUUCAGCUUUUAUUUCUUUCAUCACAUUCCCAGUGGGUCAGAAGUUUACAUACACUCAAUUAGUAUUUGGUAGCAUUGCCUUUUAAAUUGUUUAACUUCGGUCAAACGUUUCGGGUAGCCUUCCACAAGCUUCCCACAAUAAGUUGGGUGAAUUUUGGCCCAUUCCUCCUGACAGAGCUGGUGUAACUGAGUCAGGUUAGUAGGCCACCUUGCUCGCACACGCUUUUUCAGUUCUGCCCACAAAUGUUCUAUAGGAUUGAGGUCAGGGCUUUGUGAUGGCCACUCCAAUAUCUUGACUUUGCUGUCCUUAAGCCAUUUUGCCACAACUUUGGAAGUAUGCUUGGGGUUAUUGUCCAUUUGGAAGACCCAUUUGCGACCAAGCUUUAACUUCCUGACUGAUGUCUUGAGAUGUUGCUUCAAUAUAUCCACAUAAUUUUCCUUCCUCAUGAUGCCAUCUAUUUUGUGAAGUGCACCAGUCCCUCAUGCAGCAAAGCACCCCCACUGCAUGAUGCUGCCACCCCCGUGCUUCACGGUUCGGAUGGUGUUCUUUGGCUUGCAAGCCUUCCCCUUUUUCCUCCAAACAUAACGAUGGUCAUUAUGGCCAAAUAGUUAUAUUUUUGUUUCAUCAGACCAGAGGACAUUUCUCCAAAAAGUACGAUCUUUGUCCCCAUGUGCAGUUGCAAACCGUAGUCUGGCUUUUUUAUAGCGGUUUUGGAGCAGUGGCUUCUUCCUCGCUGAGCGGCCUUUCAGGUUAUGUCGAUAUAGGACUUGUUUUACUGUGGAUAUAGAUACUUUUGUACCUGUUUCCUCCAGCAUCUUCACAAGGUCCUUUGCUGUUGUUCUGGGAUUGAUUUGCACUUUUCGCACCAAAGUACGUUAAUCUCUAGGAGACAGAACGCGUCUCCUUCCUGAGCGGUAUGACGGCGGCGUGGUCCCAUGGUGUUUAUACUUUGUACUAUUGUUUGUGCAGAUGAACGUGGUACCUUCAGGUGUUUGGAAAUUGCUCCCAAGGAUGAACCAUAUUUGUGGAGGUCUACAAUUUGUUUUCUGAGGUCUUGGCUGAUUUAUUUUCAUUUCCCCAGGAUGUCAAGCAAAGAGAUACUGAGUUUGAAGGUAGGCCUUGAAAUACAUCCACAGGUACACCUACAAUUGACUCAAAUGAUGUCAAUUAGCCUAUCAGAAGGUUCUAACGCCAUGACAUCAUUUUCUGGCAUUUUCCAAGCUUUUUAAAGGCACAGUCAACUUAGUGUAUGUAAACUUCUGACCCACUGAAAUUGUGAUACAGUGAAUUAUAAGUGAAAUAAUCUGCCUGUAAACAAUUGUUGGAAAAUGUACUUGUGUCAUGCACAAAGUAGAUGUCCUAACCGACUUGCCAAAACUAUAGUUUAUUAACAAGACAUUUGUGGAGUGGUUGAAAAACAAGUUUUAAUGACUCCAACCUAAGUGUAUGUAAACUUCCGACUUCAACAGUACACUUAACCACACAAGCAUGUCCACUGCACACAAAUAAGCCAGCAUACUCCCACUAUCAAGGGCAUGCUUGCAUUGUGUUCUUGAUUACACAGAAGGUCUCCCUGAGUCACAUUUCCUGUUUAGCGAACUUUGAACGUGGAAUGGAAUGGCCGGGCAGCAGGGGUCGUCCUCCCUCUCUCUCUACAUUAAUACCGCUCCUCUGGGGGGUGGGGGUGACUGGGGUUGUUUUAACGGAUACUCUAACCCAGAGUCUCUCUCUCCACUCCAUGCUUGUUGGUUCUUCCCUCUCUUUUCCCUAAGCUGCCUGCUACUUUCAGCAUAGACAGAAGUUUAUCUUCCCUGGUGAGUUUACAGUACGGUCCCAGACAGACUGUUGUACUGCGCUCACACCUGCCAACGUCCCCAGCCCCAACCCUGUCAGCUCUCUCUAUCUCCUGCAUGUAUUCACAGGCUUAGUGAAUUACGUGACCAAGUUGUGCAUUUGUCAAUGUUUUAGAAUAAUGUGUUGUGCUGUGUGAUAUUUAGACUGCAUUCAUUGUCUCAUGUGGAGAUGGGUCUCUGUGCCACCUGCUGGGGAGUUUGAGAAUUGCAUGUCUUGUCAUAUUGUGGUUGUGGUGGUGGUUGUCAACACAUUGCUAUGGCAAAGCGACAAUAUAAGCGGGCAAAGGAACUACAUCAGGGACGCAAUUUUGUCUUUACAAGCAAAAAGCCACCAUUUUUUAUUACAUACUGAAUAUUUGUAUUUCUUUCUCCCAGAUGUGUCCAGUUCUACUACGUUGCACUCUGAAGCCCUCCAUGACACAGUGUAAGGCUUGCCUGUCUAUUUAAUUUAUCAAUAGUGUUUUAAUGGUACAAUACUCUGACAUUGUGACUGUGGUUUACCCUGUCCCAACAGUGAGACUGAACCAGCAGAUGACAUGCACGCUGAACUGGCCGAGGAUGAGGACGGAGAGGUAUAAACUGAGUGUGUGUGUGCGAAGUAACUGUGACACAUGCAGAUACAUGCCCAAAACCCAACAUGCAUGAAUGUCCUACAGGAGGAAGAGGAGGAUGAGGAGGUGGUUGAACCUGAGAUCGACCCAGACCCAGUAGUGGAGGAGGAAGAUGGGGAGGAGGAAGAUGAUGAUGAAGAUGGGAGUGGGAUGAAUGGGGGUUCGGACGGUGAGUGUGAUGGUGAUGAGUUGGAUGACCUGCCCAACUCACGGGGAGGUCGCUGGAAAGGCCCCAUCUCCCGUAAGGCCAGCCAGACCAGUGUCUACCUGCAGGAGUGGGACAUCCCCUUCGAACAGCUGGACCUGGGAGAGCUCAUUGGGAAGGUGAUAGGGCAAUACAACACACUCUUUUCACUGGAUCAAAAAUAUUGAAUGAUCUACAUUUGCAUCGAACUAUCAGUGUUUUCUGUUUAAACCCAUUUAAAGUGUGUUUCUGAAACUGUCAUUAAAUCACUCCCUCCUUCACUCCAGGGCCGUUGGGGCAAGGUACAUAAGGGCCGUUGGCAUGGAGAGGUGGCCAUCAGGCUGCUUGAGAUAGAUGGGAACAACCAGGACCACCUGAAGCUGUUUAAGAAGGAGGUGAUGAACUACAGACAGACCCGUCAUGAGAACGUGGUCCUCUUUAUGGGGGCAUGCAUGGCCCCGCCCCACCUCGCCAUCAUCACAAGGUAGGGGGAGGGGCUAACUCGCAUCCAGAAUCAAUACUUAUCUCUUUGUUAUAUUCAGUCAACCAUAGCUGUUGUUUAUUUGUUUUGUUCAAUUUUUUUAUUCAAAUGUUUCUCUCCAGUUUCUGUAAAGGGAGGACGCUAUACUCUGUCGUUCGAGACACCAAAAACACACUUGAUAUAAACAAGACGAGGCAAAUUGCUCAAGAAAUUGUAAAGGUAAACUUCUGUCCCUGUUCAAUACUUUCACAUUUGUACAGGUGUGUAUAUAUCAGGUGUGUAUAUAUGUAUGUGUGUAUAUAUAUGUGUGUGUGUGUGUAUGUGUGUGUAUGUAUAUGUAUAUAUAUAUAUAUAUAUAUAUAUAUAUAUAUACACACACACACUACCAGUAAAAAAGUUUGGACACACAUACUCAUUCAAGGGUUUUUCUUUAUUUGUACUAUUUUUUACAUUGUAGAAUAAUAGUAAAGACAUCAAAACUAACAUUUUGAGAGAAAUAAGCUUUUUGUGCAUAUGGAACAUUUCUGGGAUAUUUUAUUUCAGCUCAUGAAACAUGGGACUAACACUUGUUGCGUUUAUAUUUUUGUUCAGUAUAAAUGUGUAACGUAUAUUUACUUUAUGUCCUUAUUUCCGUCCUUCAAUCCACACAGGGAAUGGGCUAUCUGCAUGCCAAAGGCAUUGUCCACAAGGACUUGAAGUCGAAGAACGUCUUUCAUGACACCAAUAAAGUCAUUAUUACAGACUUUGGUCUGUUUGGGAUCUCUGGAGUGGUUCAGGAGGGGAGGUAAGGACUCUGCAUAUUGGUUCCUACAUCAAUCGUCUCAGCUGGUGGAUGCUCAAAUCAAAUCAAAUUGUAUUGGUCACAUACACGUUUAGCAGAUGUUAUUGCAGGUGUAGCGAAAUGCUUGUGCUUCUAGCUCCAACAGUGCAGUAAUAUCUAACAAUUCACAACAAUACACAUAAUACACACAAUCUAAAAGUAAAAUAAUGGAAUUAAGAAAUAUAUAAAUAUUAGGACGAGCAAUGUUGGAGUGGCAUUGACUAAAAUACAGUAGAAUAGAAUACAGUAUAUACAUAUGAGAUGAGUAAAGCAAAAAUAUGUAAACAUUAUUAGUGACUAGUGUUCCAUUAUUAAAGUGGCCAGUGAUUUCAAGUCUAUGUGUAUAAGGCAGCAUCCUCUAAGGUGCAGGGUUACGUAACCAGGUGGAAGCCGCCUAGUGAUGGCUAUUUAACAGUCUGAUGGCCUUGAGAUAGAAGCUGUUUUUCAGUCUCUCAGUCCCAGCUUUGAUGCACCUGUACUGACCUCGCCUUCUGGAUGAUAGAAGGGGUGAACAGGCAGUGGCUCGGGUGGUUGCUCAGUGGGUGACUGUGUGUGUGUGUCUUCCUUCACAGGCGAGACAAUGAGCUGAAGCUUCCACAUGGCUGGAUCUGUUACCUGGCGCCAGAGAUCGUACGCAGGAUGAGCCCUGGAAACAACGAGGACCGACUGCCCUUCUCCAACGCUGCAGACGUCUACGCUUUUGGGUAUGCUCUUAGCACAUUCUGAUGUACCUUUUCUUUAUCAUUGAUAGCACAAUAGUUUUUCUCUCUAUAAGACUGCAUCAGUUUACAGUUAACUGGCUCUGGGGAAUGACCAUAUUGCUGUUUGCCCCCAUUUAGCACCAUUUGGUACGAGCUCCAAGCCAGGGACUGGCCUAUCACCAACCAGCCUGUGGAGUCUACCAUCUGGCAGGUGGGGAGUGGUGAGGGCAUCAAGAAGGUCCUGGCAGAGAUCAGCCUGGGAAAGGAGGUCACGGUGAGUGGAGGGGUGAAGCACUGCUGUGUGCCAGAUCAUAUUGUGGUGGAAUCAUGCAGAAAUCUUUGCACAUAAAAAAAAAUCAAAUUUGCAUCUUUCUUAAUCCCCGCAUUGCAAGCGAGGAUAUUUUCUAGGCUAAUGCUAAGUUAAGGGAUGGCCUUGUUAGAAUAGAGGAGACAGUAAAGCUGAGUACAGGGUAAAUCUCUGCAUUGUGUUGGCACGAAGUGAGGACAUUAAUCCCUCCUGUGUGUGUGCAGGAGGUCCUGUCUGCCUGCUGGGCCUACGACCUGAGGGAGCGGCCCACCUUCACCCAGCUGGCUGACAUGCUGGAGAAGCUGCCCAAACUCAACCGGAGACUGUCCCACCCUGGACACUUCUGGAAGUCUGCAGAGUACGUAUCCUAG